GAUGACACAAUAACAUUUUACAUAACAUUUGCCUCACCUAAAAGAGGGGGCUUUAUUAGUCCAGAUCUUCCGAAUAUAAAUUUUGAAAUGUAGGUUUUUUUUCACACACCAAAUAGUAAACAAUGAGGAGCUUUACGAUCUUGAUUUUUGCAAGUCUUGCGCUUGUGAAAUCAUCCCCACAAGGUGACUACAACCGGCACGCACCCAUCGUUCGACAGGACGCUGAAGUGAACCCAGAUGGGACUCAUAGCUACCUUUACGAGACAGGGAAUGGGAUUUACGAGGACCAGCAAGGGUUCCCUAAAGGGCCUGAUAACCAGGCGGUGCAAGGGCAGUUCCAGUACCAGUCCCCCGAAGGGCAAAUUAUUCGGUUAGUGUACACUGCUGAUGAAAAUGGGUUCCGACCGCAAGGGGACCAUCUACCAACGCCACCACCCAUCCCCCCAGAAAUACAAAAAGCGCUGGAUUAUUUAGCCACUCUGCCACCACGCGCUGAUGAAAUUUAGUGUAAUAAUUUAUUGUAUUUUUAAUUUUUAAUAAAAAAAUCAAUGGAUAAGCGAAUAAA